UAUACUCCAAUCCAGAGGCAGCAGGAGAGAGAAAGCUAGUACUCUAGAGAGAGAGAGAAGCGCCGGAGAAUCUCCCAGUCUGAUUGUCCAAAAGACUGAACUCACACAGGAAAAAAAGGAAGAGAGGAAUGGGAAAGGCACAGAGAAGCCCCUAAUUUAUGGCUUUUCCACCCAAAACCCAAUGCAAAGUGAUGAGGAAGAAAAUCAAUGUCUUCUCCUAUCCACCACCAAACCUUGGUAGAGUGAGAACAAUACAAGAAGACCAGAAGUUGACAAACUUUUCCUGUUCUUCGAGAAGCUCAUUUUUUUCUCCUCUUCUUCACCACUAGAGGGGUGAGAGAGGAGAAGAUCCCUCCUCUCAUCUCCAUCUGCCUGCCAAGCUAAUCUCCCCUCUCCCUGGCCUGCAUCUGGUUUUCCCGUCCAUGGCCUAGUGACCAAGGAUUGUAUUGUAUCUCUGUCCAUGCGGAUGGCGAUAAACUAGUACUUGUUUAUAGGUGUUGCUGUUUGUUUGGUUGGCCUUGUCUCCUUGUUUGAGGAAGUGGGGGGAAAAGGAAUCUUUCGUUGGAUCAUGGCGGUUCCCAGGCGGCCGGCGGGCUUCGUCUCCCCGUGACAGGGUCUCUUCUUGGUGACGCAACCUGGAAUUUUCCUCGGCUCAUUCAUGAUAGAGAUGAACUGAAUAAGCUGGCAUUCAUAGCUCAGUUUCUUGGGAGUUAUACAUACAGAGUCUCUCACCCACCGUCGUUUUGCAUCCGAUAACUUGGUCACUUCGAGGUGCAUUUCUUGUGCUGCAAGAGGAAUAGCUGGAUAAUAUAGCUGAACUACGGAGACUUGUUCUGCAGAUUCUUCUAUUCAGCACUAUUUCAUAUAUUGAUCACUUUUGCAUUUCAGGUUCGAUAUGCAGUAUGUUAAACGUGGAUGAUAUCUGGAUAAUCUAGAAUUCCUCUGUCAACACUUUGUCAGGAAUGGGAACAAAAGUUGAGGGAAAGAUUUAUAUUCCAGGAUGCUUUGACAUGGCAGAUUCUAGUGUAAACUCUAACUUCAAUGCACUGCCAUACUUCAAGGAGAAUAAACCAAGUGUGCAUCUUAGUGACAAGUUCACAAUAACAUCUUCAGAUGGAUCUGUACAUUAUGACAAGGAAAUGCUAAAGCGGACAAUGCUUGUACAUGAAGCUACAUUUCGGAAACAGGUGUAUGAACUUCACCGUCUUUACAAAAUUCAGAAGGAAUUAAUGGCACAGUUCCAAAGAGAAGAGUUCAAUAGUUGUGCUAGAUAUGCAGAUGCAUUGCAGCCAAGGUCCUCUCCAUCGCAGAUACUACUUGGGGAUGUUAAACGAGUGUGCCAAACUGUGAGUCCUAUUUCUGAACACGAUCAUAAGCAAUCAUCCAUACAUUUGAUUAAAGAAAGUAGUUCACAGUAUAGCGUGAGUGGAGCUCCUUUGAGGAAUAAGAAUGUUAGAUCUCAAAAUAAAAUGUUGGACCUUCAGCUUCCAGCAGAUGUGUAUGCUGACGAUGAUGACGAUGUGGAGAUCCUGGAAGUGAGGCCUUCAAAAAGUUUGGCAUUGGUUAAUGGUUCUAUUCUGGGUGGAAAUCUCAAUCUCAACAUUGAAAAUAGUGAGGGUUCUUGGAUCACUGAUAUGCAGGCACAUCACAGCUCAGCUGCGCAUAUACUGAAUAAACCAGUUGAAGAAUCAUCUAGUAUGAAAGUAACAGAUUUUUUUGGUGUGGGAACAUCUGCUUCUCAGAACCAGCAUUAUGUAUCACAGGGAGUGAAUCUGAACACCCUAAGCUUGGAAGGAAAAUUAAAAGAAAAAUGUGCUGGUAAAAUAUCUUUAUCUAGGUUCUUUGGUGCAAAUGAUGAUACAAGGCAUUGCAAUUCAUUUCGACAGAGGAAGGAUUAUUCCAAUGCUAGCAUGGCAUGGUACAAACAAAAUUGUACUGGUUCUUCAAUGGGGCAUUACCCGUCUAGUGCUAGCACCUUCAAUCACUUGGUAUUUGCACCGCCUAGGUUCAAUCACGCACUGAAUCCUCCAUAUCAAAGCAACAACGCAAGCUACUUGACUAAGAGUCAUAAUGGUACUGCUGAAACAUCCAUUGCUAAGCAUGCUCCCUCCAGUGGUAUCUCGAUGGAUUCUACUCCAAAUACGCCAUAUCAUCAUUCAUUGAAGAUUCAUGAAGAGGCACAACAUCAAAAGCUCCCUCCACUCCACCAUAACCUGAAGGAUAUAGAUCUGAAUGACACGCCAGUAGAUACUGCUGCCACUUGGGAACAGGGAAGUGAGAAAUCAGUGGCCGAUAUCUCUUGUCUCAGCAAGAAACUGGUAAGCCUGAUGAAGUCAGAAGUCCCAUCAGGCUAUGCGAAUGGCAAUCCUCAGAUAUUGCCCAGUCCCACAUUAUAUUCAGAAAGUAAACCUUCCACAAGAGUCCCCGCCUUUCCCAUCAGUGUUGGCGCUGAAAAAGAUUCUCGGUGUUCACCCACUCUUCAGUAUGACCUAAACAUUGGACCAUCGAUUAAGUGUGAACCUGACAUGGAAAUGCAACCCCAGAGGAAGGAAGCUGACAUUGAUGCUAGGAAUCUCAUUGACCUGAAUGAACCAUUGCCGAUUAUGGAUGAUGCAGAGAUGGAUGCUUGUGAAUCAAGUGAACUUGCUCCUUAUGAACCUGAUGAUCCUUCAAGGGAUUCUCUUGCUAUAUCUGCAGUAGAGAAUCUAGUAGCAAUUUGUAAUGCUGUCGUUCAGCCAACUUCUCCUCAACCUGACAUUUUGCAUUGGUUCGCUGACCUAGCUACAUCCAAAGAGAACACAAUGUUUGACAAGGACAUCGAUGAUGACUUUGAGGCUUUGACGCUGAAGCUGCAAGAAACCAAAAGCAACGAGUACCAUUCAACACCAAGAGCCACCCAGGAGGAUAUCUACGACAAUGGGCAUUGUUCUGCAGCUUCAAUGCUGAUCCCAAAACCUCAGAGAGGGAAAGGGCGAGGACGCCGUCAGAGGAAAGACUUUCAGAGGGACAUCCUGCCAUGCCUCGCCUCAUUGCCAAAGCAUGAGGUGUCUGAGGAUCUUUGUGCACUCGGGAGGCCAAAGCUAGUGACACCAACGAAGCGAAGAGGCCGGAAUGGGCAGCAGCCGAGGGGAAGACGCCGGGCAAGAAGUGUGGCUGUGUCCAUGGAGGUGGAGGAAGCUGCUGAGGUAAGGCCACCGCCGGUGUCACCACCACUUGCCCCUGCUGACUUAGGUGCCGAUGCACUGGGCAUAACCAGGUGGGGGAGGACCACCAGACGCUGUCGAAGGCCAAGAUGUCCACCAGCUAACAAUGCGUCAUUGCAUGUAACUUGAAGAGUUUUAGCCUUUUAGGUGUUUUAACUGGUGAGACUGGUCAAAGUUCAGAAACCGUGCUUUCUUUCCUGACGAGUUGCAGAGAAAUUGAGGAACUAGUAGGUGAAAAAGUAGUCAAGUCAUAAUUGUACAUGCUUCUCAGCACUAAUUUGGGCUCCAGAACCUGCAUUGGAUCAAAAUAUCUUGCAUAUCUCUUUGAAAUGAACUCUUAGUCCUGAAAGAAAUGCACCUGGAGAAUUAGCCUUUCUACCAGUUUGUUGGCAUUCCAGUUUUCAUUAAUUUUACCUGAUUGUUGAUAAAGCUGACAUGCUAAUCACAUGUUGGAUAGGCAUCAGGAUUAAUUAGUUGUAUUACUUUUGAUGUCAAGAGAUUA